CCGGGUUAUCCGGGUCCCUUCGCCACUAUUCUUUUCUACUCCUACCAUGACUGAUCCACCCAUCCCUCGAUUCGUUUACAAGAUCAUUCCCGACGCCCCGCCCUCUCCUCUACCUUUUUCCCUCCCACUCAGUGCUCUCGACGCCAAGGACGGAUUUAUCCACCUUUCCGAUGCCAACCAGGUCCCAAAAACAGCCGAUCUGUUCUUUGCAGAGUGCGAGAAACUGUGGCUGCUGCAGCUGGACACAGAGGUGGUGAAGGCGGCCGGAGGGCGUUUCGUGUGGGCGGAGAACUUGCCGGGAUGUGUGCAUCUGUACGGGAAUGGGGUGGAUACAUGGGAUGGCGCCAGGUUGGGCGAGGGGACCGUCAGAGAUUCAAGAAAGUUUACGAGGUUGGGAGAGGAGACUUGGGUAGAUGGCAUGAGGAAGGGAGCGGAGCGGAGCUGGCUUGUGGAUCAAUGAAAUUUAUAUACCACAAGGUUGUGUGAACAGCAUUUUGUGUUCUACGCCGAGCCCUUUAAAUGACAUUGGAUUGCCUGAUAUUUUCUACUACGCUGCUCCCUACCGAGUCUGAAAGAUGCCAGGACGCACUCAUAUUAUCGAACGGCCACCAGCGGCUCCAGCAAUCCUUGGUGUUAAGGCAUCAUAAUGGCGAAAUCAAGAACACACCGUAUACUAUGACGCAUAUGUUACGUUAUCUGCGCCGGGCAGAGGAUAAUUCGAGUAUAU